AUGUUAAUGGACGCAUCUCCGACAAUUGCUUCAACAGCAGUGUGUGUAAAGGCGUGAGAGACUGCGCUGUGUUGGAAGGCCUACUUGUUGCUGUAGGCGGGCUCUGGCUGUGCGCUGGUGUGUGAGUGUGUGUGGGUGGGUGGAGGAAAGCCAAGGGGAGUGUGGGAGUCCCCAUGCACGCGCCACUUCAGGAGGGGAGGUCAGCAAGCGUUUCCCUUUGGCUGGCCCCCUGUUUUUUUUCCUCUUAAAUACCAACAUCGAUUUUUCUUUUGCCUUGGGAGCAAUAGGGGACUAUCAGAGGCUUAUCGCAAGGAAUAUUAAGCACCCGGGUGGAUGCACACACUUUGGGCGUGUUGAUCGAGCACGAAAGGACAGCUUGGUGAGAAAGAGAGAGAGAGGGGGAAAAAAAAGCUCGGUGUAGAAAAAGAGGGAUGGUGGACAAUUCCAGUAGCAGCAAGGCGCAAACGCCCAUUUUAUCUCAGGACAGUGGUCUGGCAGGAGCUUUUUCUCAGACAGCACUCGGUGCUGUGGCCGGUGUUAAACUCGAGGCAGUUAUGGAGCAGCUCCAGAGGCAGCAGCAAGCUAAACUGGACAUGGAGAGAAAAGAGCGACACAUCAGCGAAGCCCACAUCCUGUAUGCCCAGCAGCUUGCUGCUCAACACGCCAUCAUGGCUUCAGCCCGUGCCCAGGGAAUACCAGUAAACCCAGAAUACUUCAGCAACAGCUCCAGAGAACAAGUUCUGAAGAACAGCCAAGGGCCUCCAGCCAGGGUUUCUACCCAAAGUAGUGUGGAGUCAGCACAAGAUGGGGAGGAGGAGGACAUGAGCAGAGGACCUGCUUCUGCUGGAGAAGAGGAUGAAGAUGAAGAGAUGAUGGAUGGCGAGGAUGGCAGUGAGGAUGACGAAAGCCAAGGGUUGGAGUUUCUCAGAAAGCAGAGCCUGGCUCUUCAGCAGCAGGGGGUGGGAAUCGCUCAGUACCCUUUCCCAGUCUAUGCUGCCUCUCCGUCAGCUGUGAAAAAGCGAGCCCGCUCACCUCCACCAAAAGUGAAGGAUGAACCAGAGGACAGCCCAUCCCCUACUGAGCAGCAUUCAUUCAAUACGCCAAAUGGCCUUGCUGACUGGAGUUUUGAUGACUCCAUCAAACAGAAUGGUAAUGCAAGUUGGAAUGACGAAAGCGAUGGAGGGAGAGGAAGAGGGGAGGCCUCCAGAGACUUUGCCAAGCUUUAUGAACUGGACAGUGACCCUAACCGGAAGGAGUUUCUUGAUGACCUGUUCACCUUCAUGCAGAAAAGAGGCACCCCUGUGAACCGUAUCCCCAUCAUGGCCAAGCAGGUGCUAGACCUCUAUAAGCUCUAUAAACUUGUGACGGAGAAGGGAGGUCUGGUGGAGGUGAUCAAUAAGAAAAUCUGGAGAGAGAUCACCAAAGGUCUAAACCUGCCCACCUCCAUCACUAGUGCUGCCUUCACCCUCCGCACACAAUAUAUGAAGUACCUGUACCCAUAUGAAUGUGAGAAGAAAGGACUCAGUUCUCCCGGAGAGCUGCAGGCCGCCAUUGACAGCAAUCGCAGAGAAGGACGUCGGCCUGGGUACAGUAACAGCCUGUACCGCUUCUCUCCUUCCCCCAGUGGUGGUGCCCCUCACCUCCUCUCUCCUCCCAAAAUGCACCUGCCCAACUCUGGACAUAAUGGAUUGCAGAGCACACCAAGUCCAGCCCUUAAGAAUGGGACAGUUCCAGAAGAUGGUCCAGCCUCCAUGUUGCCUGGUAGAUUACCCCUGGCUCUGGCACUAGGCCACCAACAACAGCUGGCACGGGCUGCCACCUUGGAACAGCUGCGUGAGAGGCUGGAGACCGGCAUGGGUGCUCCGGCUCUGGCCACUGGCACCUCUGCCAUAGAGGGGGCUGAGAGAAAGAUGGCCCGUCUGGCUGAGGAGCAGCAGAGGCUGCUGCAGCAGGCCUUCCAGCAGAACCUUCUUGCAAUGGCAUCACAAGUGAACCCUGCUAAUCUGCGCCUCAACACUCCCAAUACCCCCCGUGAGGAAAAGCAGGAUCUGUCUCUCAGUAUAUCCUCAAAUGGAUCAGCCAGUAUCACAGUGUCAGUAGAGGUUAAUGGGAUCAUUUACUCAGGAUCCCUGUAUGCCCAGAAGCCCUCUGGAACCCCAGCUACACCCAUAGGCCAGAGCUCUGCUAUGAAUCCCAGCAUCCCCUCUUCCUCUAAAGGUUCUGGCUCUACAGAGCCUGCUGCUAGUGGCUCUUCUUAGCUCCCAGCAGCCACAUGGUAUCUCUGUCUCUUACCGUACAGAGAGUCCAGUGGUCUACAAAGCCAAGUCUACCUCCUUUUUGAGACAUCUGGUUCAGUCUGCUGAGAGUGAUAUACACUUACAAAGAUUAGCUGUAAUCAUUCCACCCUCUUGCAGAUGACCUCUACCCUUUACCACUCGUCUGCUACAGACUCUCUCAGGACUUGAACAAUCAUGAGAAUGAUCUGAUCACAACAGAUACCUCAAAUGUUUUAAUGAAAAUGUCCUGAGCAUAUUUCUGUGCUCUAGACAUUUGAUAGUAAUGCAAUAUAUGCCUUUCUCUAUGCAUUUACACCCAGAGAGUCAUCCACCUGCAAACAAUCAUGGCACAAAAUAUUCUGCCAAAAUCAUACAGUGGGUGUUUCAUGGUUGGACAUUUUGCCAUCAGUACUAUUCUUUUGAAAAGUUUACCAAACUUGUGCACAUCAGUAGUGGUUUCCCAAGCAUCCAGAUUGGGUCAGCUGUUUUACUGUUUGUCUGUUUUGUGGAUAGAGGAGUUUCCUGGUUUUGUGCAUUUUACUUUAUUUAAAAUGGAUCAUAAUUCCAUCAAAUGUUCAGUUGUUUUGCUUAGAAGUGGGGUCAAACUUUUUUUUCCUUUCUCAUUUUUUACUUUGUAUUUACUUGAUUGGAUUGUGGAUUUGUUUUCCUUUUUUUUUUUUUUUUUUUUUUUUUUUUUUAGUUUCUAGAUAUCCAGAAGUAUUGCAUUUCUUUUAAAAAGAGUUUUGAGUAUUGAAACUGAUAUUUACAAAGCCAAAACCAAACUUUUUAUUUUCACGUAGUAACUGCCGGUUGAGUCAAAGUACAAGGAAUCAAGAACAUAAUGGGGACAGAUGGGUGCUCCACAUGUCAAUCAUUUAGAUGGUGGCGUUAGACGAUCAAUUAGGCCCACAAAUCUGGGCCCUUUUUCCUUUACUCAGUGGAGGAGCAUUUAAGCAGUUUUCAGAAAUGCGUAUGAAUCAAACCAGAUAUUAUCAUGCUGAAAAGAAGGACCAGGGUAUUUGUUCAUAAAUUAUCAGUGUUUUCUCUGUAGUGACCUUGUGCUUAAACAUAACAGUAACAACCCCCAAUUUUUUUUCCUCUUCAUUUUCACUUUUUCUUUUCCAAUGCCUCAAAUGUCUUUCCAUAUUGGAAAGCAAGUUUCUCAGGAAUUUCAGAUUGAUCUCAGCGUUUUUUGGGUGGUUGUUUUUUUUUUGUUUGUUUGUUUUUUUGUUUUUAUCUUGGCACCAAGGUGCCUCAUGUAUCAAGGCUAGAUAUACCUCAGUGGAAGAAAGUGAAUAUAGCUACCUCAAAGUUACCUUUAUAUACUAUGAGUUAAGAUUUACCUCAGAAUCAGCUCCUGGUAAAUCAAGGCAAAUAAAGAUAUUAUAAGCUUUAUAAAUGACCUCUUAUUAAAUUCUGAAGUAUUCUCAGGUUUCAGGUACAAAAAUACCUCACAUAGAUAAUGACAUAGUAGGAACAUCUUUCUUUCUUUCUUUUUACUAUGUGAGAUUUAUUGAUGAACGGAUGCUUUAUCUUCAUUUGCUGUACUUAUCUGAUGACUACACAGCUGAAAACCAAAGAUCAUCACACUGUAUUUCUACUGUGGUCUUUCUGGUGUUCUAACUUUUUAUUUACACAUGGAGCUUGACAAAGUGGAAUAAAAGUCAGAGUUAAUGCAGCAGGUCAUGCACA